AUGAAGAAAAAUCCUGCUUAUAAGGGAAAAUGGCAUGCUCCUCUAAUUGACAACCCAAAUUAUAAGGGUGUAUGGAAACCUCAAGAGAUCCAAAACCCUGAUUACUUUGAGCUUGAGAAACCUGAUUUUGAGCCCAUUGCUGCAAUUGGUAUUGAGAUUUGGACCAUGCAGGAUGGCAUAUUGUUCGACAAUAUUCUGAUAGCGAGUGAUGAGAAGGUCGCAUACACUUACAGAGAAACGACAUGGAAACCAAAAUUUGAAGUUGAGAAAGAGAAGCAGAAGGCUGAAGAAGCACCUGCUGGAGAUGGGAUAUCUAGCUUCCAGAAGAAGGUUUUUGAUCUUCUCUACAAGAUAAGGGACAUUCCUUUCUUAGAUGCCUACAAGCCUAAGAUCAUCGACCUCAUCGAAAAGGGAGAAAAACAGCCCAAUAUAACUAUCGGCAUCCUGGCUUCCAUUGUGAUUGUUAUUUUCACCUUUUUCUUUAGAAUACUUUUUGGAGGCAGAAGACCAGCGGUUAAGGUACCUGAAACAAUCGAUGCUGAUACUGCUCAGACUUCAAACAACCAAGGAAGCAGUGGAGAGAGGGAAGAUGAGAAUGAGAACGAAGAUGCUGCUGUGCCUCCCCGUAGAAGGGCUACCAGAAGGGAAACUUGA